UGUAGGGACAGAGACGUCAGACCCAGGAGGAGGAGGAGCGGGACGGAAAGGCGGAGCUGCGCGGGGCGGCCUCCUCCCAGCCUCCUCAGACCACCCCCUCUCAGCAACCGCCGCCGCGAUGGAUGCCGCCACUGCGGGCAACAAGGAGCGGGAGGCCGCGCAACUCCUGGCCGAGGCCGAGAAGAGGGUGAAGGCCUCCCAGUCCUUCCUCAGGGGCCUCUUCGGAGGAAAUACGAAGUUGGAAGAAGCAUGUGAGAUGUAUACCAGAGCAGCAAAUAUGUUUAAGAUAGCCAAAAAUUGGACCGCUGCAGGAAAUGCAUUCUGCCAGGCAGCCAAGCUCCACAUGCAGUUGCAGAGUAAACACGAUUCAGCAACCUGUUUUGUGGAUGCAGGAAAUGCUUACAAAAAGGCAGAUCCACAAGGUGAGAAGCAUUGCUGUUUAUUCUUGUUAGGCGAGGCACGUUGGCUUGCCCUUGAGAAAUAUGAGGAAAUGUUUCCAGCAUUCACGGAUUCAAGGGAGUGUAAACUAUUGAAGAAAUUGCUGGAAGCCCAUGAGGAACAAAACUGUGAGGCAUACACCGAAGCAGUGAAAGAGUUUGAUUCAAUAUCCCGCUUGGAUCAAUGGCUCACCACCAUGUUGCUGCGGAUUAAAAAAUCGAUCCAAGGAGAGGGUGAGGGGGAUCUGAAAUGAUCUGUCCCACGUGACUUGUGCCGUGUCCAUUAAAAUACUCUUGUGUUGUGGCCCAGAACCAUUGUGGGAUACUUGAUAAAUGCUUCUAGCUUCACUGGCUGGUGUCUUGUUCAGUAUUCUUUAGUGGCUCAUCCUGUGGCAACUCUGGACAUGAAUUGUCAUCUGUAAGAUGGAUUCUUUUAAGAACUUCUAAAUGUAAGAUGCAGGUCCCGAUCUUUUUAUAUGUUUGCUUGGAAGUAAAUCCCACUAAGUUCAGUGGAACUUGCUUUCAUGUAAUUGCGCAUAAGGUUGCAGGGCCAGUAAACUCCACUGUUGCGAAACACCGGCUGCCCUGAAAUUAUUCACUCAUAGUAUGAGUCGCCUUGUUUCCCCACUCCUCAAGCUCCCACCCCCAAUUUGUUGUGGUUUUGAAUAAAUGUUGGUCUACAGUUUAUCUGGAUCUUUUGUGAUAUCAACAACAACAAUAGGGCAGCUCAGUUUUCACUGUUGUUGAAAUGUCUGUCCCUUGUAUGGGUUAACAUUUGUGUAACUUGAUAUGGCAGAGUCACAACUCUACACCCAAUAGAGCUGAGAGGGCACCUAAAAGGCGCAAUCUCCUUCCAGAUAAGUUAGGAGCUUCGUCUGGCUCGAAUAAAAGCCAUGUUUGAAUGCAAAUGGUUCUGUCACAAGUUAGGGUGGAAUGGUGUGUGGGUGACAGGGAAAGGUUUAACUUCAGGAGCCAGAAAUGUAAUGUUGAGGCCUCUGUUACAAAUAAAGGACCUAUUUCUGAA